AUGGAACUUAGGAUCGACGACCUUUUGGUUAGGAGUGCUCAAGUUGUUGAGCUGCAGAAGAAGGUUGAGAAGCUCAAGCUUCUUAGGAAAGCCGAGAAGGAACUUGCUGAGGCUAGGAUCCAGGAGCUACUCAUUGAAAUUCAAAGUCUGAAGAAGAUGUUGAAAAAGGUUGUUUUAAUUGUUUUGGUAUUUGGCAAUCAAGUUAAAGUUGUGUUAGGUGAUGCAGGGUGUAUAGGGUUGUUUGAUGGUGUAAUGGUGGUAUAUGGAAUGACGAUCCUUUUGACAAUUUAG